UCGACCUUUAAGAGCUGAAGCCGAAGCUUCAAGUUUUAUUCAACACCAAAAACACUAUUAAUCGAAGAAGAGAAGAGAUGGCAAGGGAUAGCUGUCUGACGCGAAUUACGGCGGGCUUCGCCAUCGGAGGAGCUGUCGGCGGCGCUGUGGGUGCUGUUUAUGGAACUUAUGAUGCUAUAAGAUCUAAGGUUCCGGGUCUUCUAAAAGUACGGUACAUUGGGCAGACGACGGUCGGUAGUGCUGCUGUUUUUGGUCUUUUCCUUGGAGCUGGAAGCUUAAUACACUGUGGCAAAUCUUAUUAGGGCUCGUUUGUUAAAUAAGUAAGCACUUGGGUUUGGAGAACUGUGUCUGGAUCACAUCCCGUCGUCGGGUAUGGAUGAUAUAUUUCAUCUUAGCCUAGAUUUCUUGGUCUUUUUUCUGCCUAAGUUAAUGUUUUCUUUUCAUGAAUUUCCUUUUGUUUUUUUAUUAUGAAUAACCUGCACAUUUAUAACAUGUUAUUGUCAUUUGAGUUAUUACAAA